GAGCGCGUGCGUUGUGUGGCUUAAGAUUGAGCUGCACGCAGACUGAAACUUCCUCCUGUGUCCAACAUCUGAUAUUAGAGGGGGAGGAUUUGCAGACAGAAAUCUCAAACCAAAAAUUACAUCAAGAUCUUACAGUGUCAUUCAAUUCAUCAGGACCUGAACAUAAUUGACAUUUGAAUGUGGAGAAACUUUUGUCUGUUCUGUCUGUGGGGAAAGAUUCUAAACAUUGGUGUGAUUGGAAAAGCACCGAGACACACACACCCGAGCGAGAGUGUUCCAGUACACUGACUGUGGAAAGAGCUUCAACCAGUUACACAGCCUGAAAAAAAAAUCACACCAUUCACAGCGGGGAGAGACUGUACAUGUGUUCUGUGCAUGUAUGAGGCCUCAACUGAUUGUCAAACACAGAGAGACAUAAGGACACCUACACCAUGGAGAAACCAUGGAAAUGUGGGGACUGUGGGAAGGGAUUCCGGAACCCGUCUGUGCUAGAAAUUCUCAAACCAAAAUUCACGUUAGCAUCUGCCAGACUCACUCGAUUCAUCAGGACCUGAAUAUCAUUGGCCUUUCAAACUAGAAGGAGAGAUGAUUGUCUGUUCUGUCUGCUUCAAAAUGUUUCAAACAUCAGUGUGAUUGGAAAGCACACCCGAGUGAGAGUGUUCCAGUGCACUGACUGUGGAAAGAGCUUUAACAAGUUACACAGACUGAAAAAACAUCAGCAUUCACAAAGGGAAGACACCACACGUGUUCUGUGUGUGGACAAGGCACCAAUUGAUCAACAGACGUGAAGAUACAAAAGGGCACGCGCACCAUGGAGAAACUGUGGGAAUGUGGGGACGGUGGGAAGGGAUUCCAAACCACAUCUGUGCUGGAAACUCAUCGACACAUUCACACCGGGGAGAGGCCAUUCACCUGCCCUGUGUGUGGGAAGGGAUUCACUCGUUCCUCACAUCUAGUGGCACACCAGAUAGCUCACACCAGGGAGAGGCCACUCACCUGCUCUGUGUGUGGGAAGGGAUUCACUCAUUCCUCACACCUAGUGGCACACCAGGUCGCUCACACCAGGGAGAGGCCGCUCACCUGCUCUGUGUGUGGGAAGGGAUUUAGUAAGCCAUUACACUUAGUGGCACAUCAGGUAGCUCACACCAGGGAGAGGCUGCUCACCUGCUCUGUGUGUGGGAAAGGAUUCACUCAUUCGUCCCACCUAGUGGCACACCAGGUCGCUCACACCAGGGAGAGGCUGCUCACCUGCUCUGUUUGUGGGAAGGGAUUCACUCAUUCAUCCCACCUAUUGGCACACCAGGUAGUUCACACUGGGGAGAGGCUGUUCACCUGCUCUGUGUGUGGGAAGGGAUUCACUCAGUCAUCCCACCUAGUGGCACACCAGGCAGUUCACUCCUGGGAGAGGUCGUUCACCUGCACUGAGUGUGGGAAGGGAUUCACUCAGUCUGCGCACCUAGUGGCACACCAGGUAGUUCACACUGAAGAGAGGCCGUUCACCUGCUCUGUGUGUGGGAAGGGAUUCACUCAGUCAUCCCACCUAGUGGCACACCAGGUAGUUCACACUGAGGAGAAGCCAUUCACCUGCUCUAUUUGUGGGAAGGGAUUCACCCAGUCUGCGCACCUAGUGGCACACCAGAUAGUUCACACUGAAGAGAGGCCGUUCACCUGCUCUGUGUGUGGGAAGGGAUUCACUCAGUCAUCCCACCUAGUGGCACACCAGAUAGUUCACACCAGGGAGAAGCCAUUCACCUGCUCCGAGUGUGGGAAGGGAUUCACUCAUUCAUCCCACCUAGUAGCACACCAGGUAGUUCACACCAGGGAGAGGCCUUUCACCUGCUCUGAGUGUGGGAAGGGAUUCACUCAUUCAUCCCACCUAGUAGCACACCAGGUAGUUCACACAGAGGAGAGGCCUUUCACCUGCUCUGUGUGUGGGAAGGGAUUCACUCAGUCAUCCCACCUAGUGGCACACCAGGUUGCUCACACCAAGGAGAGGCCAUUCUCUUGUUCUGUGUGUAGGAAGGCUUUCACUCAGUCUACACACCUAGUGGCACACCAGGUUACUCACACCAGGGAGAAGCCAUUCACCUGCUCUGUGUGUGGGAAGGGAUUCACUCAGUCAUCCCACCUAGUGGCACACCAGGUAACUCACACCAGGGAGAAGCCAUUCACCUGCUCUGUGUGUGGGAAGGGAUUCACUCAGUCAUCCCACCUAGUGGCACACCAGGUAGUUCACACUGGGGAGAGGCCGUUCACCUGCUCCGAGUGUGGGAAAGGAUUCACUCAGUCUGCGCACCUAGUGGCACACCAGGUCGUUCACACCAGGGAGAGGCCGUUCACCUGUUCUGAGUGUGGGAAGGGAUUCAGUCAGUCAUCCCAUCUAGUGGUACACCAGGUUGUUCACACCGGAGAGAGGCCGUUCACCUGCUCUGUGUGUGGGAAGGGAUUCGCUCAGUUAUCCCACCUGCUGACACACCAACAAGUUCACAUUGGAAAAGACCAUUCACCCGCUCUCCAUGUGGGAAGGAUUCGCUCGGUCAUCCCAUCUGCAGACACACCGGCAAGUUCACACUUGAGACAGGCCCUUCAUUUGCUCCAUGUGUGGGAAGGGAUUCGCUCUUUCAUCCUACCUGCUGACACAUCAACAGGGUCACACCGGGGCGAGGAAGUUUGCCUGCUCUGAGUGUAGGAAGGGAUUCACUCGGUUAACCAGCCUGCUCGGACUGUGGGAGUUAAUUGUGUCAAUUGAGGUAAAAUAUAUACAGAUGCAGAGCAUUUAUUGGAUGGUUACUUCACAUAUAAAGAGACACUACUGACACAUAGUGGGGUGCAUUCAGGAGGUAUAUAUCUGUAAUGUUUCACACUGUGAAUAAAUCUACACCAAGCAAAGACUGUUCCCAUUUUCUUGCUUCACCAUCAGGCUGUCAGGAUUAU